AGCGCCUUGAGAAGCCGACCUGGCGCGCGGAGCUCAGUAACAGACCUACCGUCACAGACGACGGACGCGUGUGUAGCAACCGCUCCUCAGAUAUUAUGAGAAAAAUUGUGUUGGUGAUUGUGUUCAAUGAGACGAGGAUGGCAGAGCGAGGUGUUACAGGCCUGUUAGUCGUGUGAGUUUGUGGCACACUGUUGUUUACGGUCACUCACCUGGUGCCUCGUGUCAGGGGUCACCACGUGCUGAGGUUACCACGUGGUUUGUGACGUCACGACACGUCUUUUGGCCACCCUCAAGCGUUACGUCACCAAGAACCAGGAAAUAAAUAAAAUAAAAACAGAACUUAAAAUCAGUGACUAGCAAAGUGUUAUUUCAGAAACUUGAAGCCACAAUUUCCCAGCAAGAUUAAUCUGAACAUAAGAGACACACACAAGACACGUGAGAAAUACAUAGAUGUUGAGACUUUCUUUCCUCAACUAUACCUGACGAGGGAAGAUAGUGUUGUAAUCUGGAGUGAGAGAGAAGGAAGAAAAUAGCGUGACUCUCAACUCCUGAUAGAUUGAGACAUUUACAACAACUGUGGAAAAAAGACGAUUCUGUAUGUGUGUUGAUAUCGGUCACUCCCUCACAUUUUGACUUUCAUUCCAUUCUGAAAUUCAACUCUUCCGCCACACGCCCUCAGGCUGUCUUAAGCCCCGCAGGGAGAUUAUCUGUGUGUGUGUAAGUUUAAAAUCUCGCUACAUCACCACCACCCACCCACCUCUCCGUCAUUCAGGGAGAGGAAACAGGUGAGGUGAGACAGAAGCGCUUCAGACGGUUAUCCAGCAAGUUAGCCGUCCAGAACACCGCGUGAUACACCCAUCUGUCACCCACCGAGGAGAGAGACGACCUUAGUGAUCCAGUCAAGUCAGUCAGUAGUUCAGAACGUCGCCGCGGCAGUAGAGUCAUGGAGUGGCGCCUGACUACGGUGGGAACGGGGCGGACCUGGAACUCAACUGCGGAAUUCCUGCGUGCCCGAGAGUACAAGUUGCCCCACACGGACUCUGGUCAGAAUUCCCUCGAGUACUGGGACUAUUCCGUCGAGUUGGAGAUGCUGAAGGGACCUGAAGACCUACAGCUGGCGGCAGAGCUAGGCAAGACCCUGCUCGAGAGGAACCGGGAGUUGGAGGCUAACAUCAAGCACCAGCACGCUAUCAUCGAGGACCAGCUUCAAGAGAUAGAGUACCUGAGCAAGCAGACGGCUGCCCUGAGGGAGGUGAAUGACUCGAGGCUUCGCAUCUAUGAGCAGCUGGAGAUCUCCAUACAGGAACUGGAGAAGAACAACCAGAGGCUCUCUGCUGAAGGCGCCUCAGAUAAACGCAAAAUAAAGAGUUUGUGCGGUAACUUAGAGUCUCUGGAGGGCCGCUGUGAUGAGUUGCAGAAGAACCUGGAGGAGGCACGUGCAGGGGCACAGCAGCAGCGGGGCAGGAACAAGCGACGCUCCAUCAUCCUUGAGGAACAAAGUAUCCGUCGUUCCCACUCGUGCGAGAAUACCAUACCGGAGGAGGAUCAGGAUUUUGAAAGUCAGAACUCGGAAGAACGAGCGACUGAGGAACAAGAAACCCGAACAAGGAUAGAAGAGCUGCAGGAGAGGCUAAAAGCAUCCCAGCAUGAACUAGAUGGAGAAGUGCGAAAGAGAGAGGAGUUGGAGAUUCAACUUGCCUGUACAUCUCAAGAGAAUAAUGUACUUCAAGAACAGCUGGCAGUGUUGCGUGAGAAGGAAGUUACAGUGCGAACCUUUGAUGAAGAGUUGGCCUCUCUUGAUGAUGCCUCUUCUGGAAGACUCUGCCGCAAGUGUCUUGGUCAAGUUGAUGAGCUGGCAAGCAACCCAACCCUGUAUGACCUCCACGACAGCAUCGAGGAUACUGAUGCUUCCAUUGAAAGUAUCCAUGGAGAGUGUGCUCUCAUCAGAUUGAAGAAUGGAGGUUAUGCUUGGGGCAGUCAGGAAUCUUUGGCAUCAAUUGGCCAAGUGGUGAGCCGUGUAGGGUCUGGUGGGACGUCCCCUGGCACAGAAGCAGAUGCACCACACAACUCCUUACUGUCAGAACUUGACACUUCUUACCGCAUCUUAAUUGAGAAGUAUGAGGCUCUUUUGGAAGCACGUGAACAACAGCAACACCAUCAGCAGCCCACACAAGAUUCAGAGCUAAGUCAUGAAGGUCUGGUGCAUCCAGGGGUGGAUGAUAUGUCAGGUCCAAUGAGCUUGGUGAUGACAGAUGCCAUGCAUGGCACUACCAUCACUAUGAAGUGCCAACGUUGUCAUACCUGCACUUGUGACCUUAAGCCUUCUGUUGGUCGCCCUAAGAGUAAUAUGGAAGAAUUCUCAGAAGUGGAGACAUCAUCUUCUGGCUUCUCAGAUGGAGAGAGUAGGCUGAGUAAUAAGUCGACACAGACUGGAGAAGAGACGCCUUAUCGUGAAAUAUUUGAUGACUUGACACCAACACCAACUUUAUCUUCCAAGUGCUUAGACCUGAGCUCUCCUGUCAAUCCUUGUGAUAGACGAUUCCAGACAGCUCCUGAGUAUAAAAAACUAUUCCAGGAGAUCUUCACAGUCUUGAAGAAAACUGUGGAUGAAAAAGAUACUCAAACUCAAACCUCUAAGACAUCCAAGACUCCCCAGGCACAAGAAACCACCACAGAAAAAACUUUUGUCAGCAACAAGACCACCCCAGUCAAGACUGAGGAGUGCAAUACUCCUGCAAAUGCAGUGGAACUUAAGGUUUCCCCAGCAAACACUGAGGAAGACAAGUCUUCAUCCCCAGAAAGUUGUAAUCCUACUCAUGUUCAGGUCUCCAUCGAGUCUAAAAUUGUAACUAUUGAAGAGAGAGAGAUUGUUACUAUUACUAAAGAAUUUAUCCAAUCUCCGUCAUCACGAAUGACCGAGAUUAAAACUCCUAUCACACCCUCAACAGAGGAUUCAGAUGUACAGGAAAAGAAAGAUUACCAGACUACACCAGAGGAUCAGCUCAUUACACACAAACCUCCCCGACCUGAUACCCUUGAUCUGGGUAGUGACUCAAGACCAUCCAGCAGACAGAAGCGCCGCCGCCGUCACCAUCGCAUCCGCUUAGACUCUUACCAGCAACAACCGUUUCAGGGACAAUAUCAGUACACUCAUGGAAACCAGAAUUUGAAUAUGUCCCAGCAGCUUGCACAGUCCAGUCACAGACAUCAUAGAAGGGAACGAGACCCUCAUCAGGUCCAUCUUCAGAGACAACAACCCGACGACUUCCCUACUCUGCACAUACAGCCAGACGGAGAGGUCAGCAAUACUCGAAUUGUCUAUAAUUCUAGCCGUGGGCGCUGUGAACACCAUAGAUCACGCAAGCACCGAGAUCGUAGUAAUAACAGCCAGCACCACAGGAAUCCGCAUCCGGACAAUGCUGACCAAAGACAACGUUCCCAAAAUGAAAAUCACAAACAGCAAUCUGCAGAUUCGGAAUCAAGAGUAAAACCAACUACCCCCAAGAUCAACUACCCGUCCGUUGAAGUUGCCAAGCUAAGAAAGCUUGAGAUGACAUAUGCAGAAGCUCUGAAACACUCCUUAAGCAGAUCUUACUACAAUCGUAGGUACUGAAGAGGCUCAGGUAUACAAGAGGAAGUAAAUAAGAGUUCAGAUGAGUGCCAGAGAAAACAUUCAAUGAUUAAUCAAAUAACUAGAGGCACUAAAUAUAAUAUUAGGAAAUGGAUAGUGUGGCAAGAAGUUUACAUUUGUUUUGUUCUAUGUCUUCUAUUCAUUAUACUGUAUUGUGUUUUGUAAAUAUAAUUGUAUAUACAUAGGUACACUCAAGUCAUUGUAAAAUAUUAUUUCUUUGGGUAUAUAUUUAUUUCUCUUAGUGUGCCAAGUAGCAUUUAGUAGCUUGUAGUUUCCUGUGUUCAUGACACACUUUGUUAAUAUUAUAUUGUUAAAGAUGCCACACUUUGUAUAUCUGAGACAUCUUCAUCUAGUUCCAGUUUGCUUAUACUGGUUGUGCAUUUUGACUUCAGAACCUAACUUGGAAUUUGCCAUGGUAACUUCAUUUAAGUGCAGUAUAAUAAUUGAUUCACUAUUUUGGCCUCUUCAUGUUUGAGUAACCCAAUUCAUGUGCCAAAGAGCAGGCUAAUUUGUAAAUGCCCACAAGAAAGUCACAUACAAUCAUUUAUAUUGUAUAUACAGUAUAUCUGGAUCCAGAUUUCAAGUAAAAUACUUCCCUAAAGACAUUACUCUUCCUUGCAAUUGUAAUAUUCUGAGGAAUUUUUUUUAUCACCUCUUAUACUUAAUGGUUGUCUUAUUCAUUUCUAGUCUAAUCUGAUAUUUGUAGUAGAUAUCUGUGUUGAGAGUUUAUGGUCACACAAUUGACACUUAGCAUUUGAAAAAGAUUUGUAUUUCAUGUACAUUAUGUAAUUCAUAAGUUUGUCAAGGGCAAUAUUUCUGCAUUCCAAUCAAUAAUCUUUCUUUGACAAUUAUAAUUAUUAUUUUCUAACAAAUUCUUUCUUGAACAGGAACAUCAUAAUUACAGAGUUGGUUUUCAUUGUAGAAAAAUUAAUUGAUACAGUAAUUAUUAUGUUGUUUAUAGCGGGUUUGUUUAUCUUUGGUUGGAGGAAGCGUUGCGUUGGAGCUAUGAAGAACAGCUGAUGCUAUACCCAUUGUUAAGGUCCGCAGAUAAUAGUUGCUUAGCCAGUUUUCAUGUUUAAUAGCAUUUACUGAUAUUCAAUAGUUAAGCAUUUGUAUAUAUAAAUGCAAAUAAUAUAGUAAGCAAAGUAAGAAAAUAUAAAUGUGAUUGUGGAAACUGAUUAUAUGAUGCUAUGUAGAUUGUAAAAGAAGCUAAUGGAAAUGUUGAUAACCAAAAUAUGUCUACUUGUGAAAAUGUUGUAAAAUUUGAUCUUGUGUUUAAAAGUGUAAUCUUGUGAUUGGAAAAUCAUCCCAAAAAAUACGUGCUGUGAUUAUGUGCUCGAAAAUCCAUGGAGUACUGUUGACCCAUAUACUGUAUCAGGAAAAGCUUCUAUAUAGUCAAGUCCAGAGGAAAUACAGUACAAUUGUACCUUCUUCUCGGCCAAGGCUCAACAAAAUUCUACAUAACAUGUUGAGUACUAUGAGUGCCCAACCAUUUCUUCUUUACAUUUGUACAACCACUGUACAGUAGUUGUGUCCUAGCUUGCCUUGGGUUAUCAGUGCAGGUAGCUUGUAAUGUAAGCUUAAAUGCUGGACCAGGAAAUAUUAAACUAUGUGAUGGAAA